UUGUCCUAUGUUACUUUUUCUAUUUUUCUAAUCUUCAUCAAUUUUUCAUCCUUCAAUUUUUGCAUUCUUAUUUAAAAUGGAAGUGUCUCAAGAAGACAUUGCUUAUGAGAUAUUUUCUUGGUUACCUGCAAAAACCAUUUUUAAAUUUAAGUUAACUUGUAGUUCAUUCUCCAAAUUUCAAGAAGAAUCUCAUUUCAAAACAAAACAGUUUUGUAAUAUGUUAGUGAAGAGUGAUACAUGUUUCUUCCUCCAACAUGAUCAAAUAAGUCAAAGGUAUCAAAAAAGGAUCGAGUUGCACCAUUUACCUAAAGAGCAACAAUUUUCUUGUGUUCCUAACAAUAUUCUGACAUUUCUAUCUAAUUCAGCUAUUGUUGUAGCUUCUAGUAAUGGUUUGCUUCUUUGUUAUACUAUUAAUGAUGAUCCUGUUGAAUUGUUUAUUUGCAAUCCAAUUACAAAGUCUUUCUUUUCUAUUCCUAGUCCGGAGUCACUUAGAAAAAAUCACAGGUUUUCUAACAUAAAUCUCAUGUUAAAUUGCUCGGAUGACUCUUCAGAUGAUUACUUGAUAUUUCUUUUUGAAAACACACUGGAUUGGUCGCCAAAUAGUUAUGUAUGCAAUAUUUAUCAUGGAAAAGAAGGUGUGUGGAGAACCAUGGAAAACAACUUUUUAUGUGGUGGUAGAAAUAUGAAAUUUGAGAUGUCGGUGUUUCACAAUGGAGCACUUCAUUUCAUUUCAGAUUGCUCUAAUUACUUUACUAGAUUUAGUCCUUUUUAUAAGCCAUACAUAAUGGCUUAUGAUUUUGUGAAAGGAACUUCAACUAUUAUUAAGUUGCCAAGGGAAGCUAUAAAAGGUUUUCACGCGGAGUGUAACAUGGGCAUAUUUAAUUGGGGCAAAGUGACAAGUUCCAACCGUUCUAUUUGCUUAGUGAAAUCAACAAGGUCUGUUUUCACUAUUUGGUUUUUAAAAGAUUACAAGUCAUGUUUAUGGCAAAAGAUUUUGAAGGUGAGAGUGAAUGCAUUGGGGUUAAAAGAGAAAGAUGCUCAUGUUACCGGAUUUACUAUCAUGAAUGGCAAGGAUUUGGUUUUUUCUACGGAACAAAAAAUUUACAGUUGUGGUUUAGAUGGAGAAACAUUUAUGAUGGCGGAAGAAAUAGGCUCACACAGUUGUGGAUCUAAUCCUUACUUUAUGUCCUACUCAAACACUCUUCGUCCAUGUGGGACUAAUGUUCAAACAAUGCCUUGCUAGGAGAUGUAAGCUGCCAAGUUUAAUAGAUUCUUAGAGUUUUGAGAAAUUGUAAUAUUUAUAUUUGAUAUUAUUCAAGGCUUUAGUUAUUAAUUUUGAAUAAAUUAUAUAUAGCUACUGUGUUUGAAUUUA